AUUUGCGUGUGGAUGAUCCACGUACCGCAGUGUCGUCCGACCUCAUCCAGCUGCAGCACUGCAAAGUGUGGAGAGUAGCGAGAGGGGGAGGAGGAGGGGGGAGGACGGGAGAGGUACCGCACUGUCGUUACCAGUCCAAGUGGAGGAGAGAGGAGAGACGCAUUACUGCUGCAGCUACACUCGCUCCGAGAGAGAGAGAGAGAGAGAGAGCUCCGCCAACAUCUGGAUGAGAGGCAGCAGCAUCCUCGGAUCAGCGCCGAGUGGAUUUAAAGAACCUGCUUCUUUCCUUUCACUCCUUCCUUCCUUCCCUCCACUUCCUGCUCGGAGGUGCUCACUGUUGCGACGCUUAGAGAAAAGCAGCCCAGAAGCAGGAGCCACUGCGUCAAAAGUCCUGCGCUAGUUUCUGUCCCGCCGGCUCUACUUCCCCAGCGACGGACUCCACAGCUGCGUAGAAGAUGUCAGCUCCAGAUGCUGCUGCUCCCCCUGCUGGACCCCCCGGGGCGCCUGGUGCGGAGGGAGCCCCGGGUGCCCCUCCAGCACCCCCCAACACCAGCAGCAACCGCAGGCUACAGCAGACGCAGGCUCAAGUGGAGGAGGUGGUGGACAUCAUGCGGGUGAACGUGGACAAGGUUUUGGAAAGGGACCAGAAGCUGUCGGAGCUGGAUGAUAGAGCGGACGCUCUGCAGGCCGGAGCCUCACAGUUUGAGAGCUGCGCAGCCAAACUAAAGAACAAGUACUGGUGGAAGAACUGCAAGAUGAUGAUCAUGAUGGGCAUCAUUGGAGUGAUCGUGGUGGGAAUUAUAUUCUUGUACUUCUUCUACUGAGCUCCGCCUGCCCCAACAGUUGCAUAUGGACUUGAAAAAGAUGGGAAAGAGGAAAACAAAAAGCUGCAGCUCCUCCCCUCCCUCUCUUCACAUCGACCCAUCAGAGGACACUCAUCCGCCUUCUUUUCCUUGUUGUCGUCUUCCCCUGUUUCCCACCUCAUGAAUUAUUGAUGGUUAAAAGACGGGCGGAGAGAAUCUCUUGCGCUCGACUCGGUAAGGAAGGGAGGAGUGUGUUUCUGAAUAUGCCAAAGUGACUCAUGAAAACCUUUCAUUUGUGAUGCUGUCGACUAACACCGCUAACACCGCUAACCACCCAGUCAUCCUGUCUGUUAGCUUCGGAAUGAACGUCACCUUUUCUUUAAGAAAACCUUUCAGGGAGCAAUAAAAAAAAAAACCACUUGUUUACGUCAAAUGGGUUGCUAGCAUAAUUAGCAUGACUGCGCAAAACCAUCCCGGUCAAUUCUAUGUCUGUAUUUAUCUAUCACAAGCAUCUAAAAUAUAAAAUACGGUAGCGAAAACUUCAUCGCCAACGAACAGCAACAUGUGCAAAACAAUUUUUUGUAAGUAAGCAGCUCUACUCUUUUUUGAAAGCUAAUAUUGAUUUGAGAAGAAAUAUCUUUAGGAGUUAGCGUAGUAAGCAUCCAUGCUAGCUGGUGCUUUUUUAAAGACAGUAAAAUGGUCCCUAGUAUUUAAGUACCACAUAUUAGCAACUUAAGAAUAGCUAAGGUAGUUAUGACAUCAUACUUUAAAUAGGGCUGUCAAUGAUAGGAUACAUUUUUAAUCUUGAUUAAUCGCACUGAAGCAGAGUUAACUCACAAUCAAUCGCACUUUUUGUUCCUGUUCUAAAUGUAGGAGGAUUUUAUCAACUGAGGAGUGGCCAGUCAUGUUUACAAUGUUUUGCAUUUAGCGUGUUUCGGAGCAAAAUUGUUGAGCAAAUCUGCCAAUCAAAAAGUGAGAUUAAUUUGAGAUUAAUCGUGAGUAAACUCUGCUUCAGUGCGGUGAAUGACAGCCUUAAUUUUAAAUACAUUGAUGGCUAGCUUGACCUUGAAAUGAUUUGUUUUUUCAUUCAUUUAUUUACAGCCAAAUUGACAGGUAGAUCAUAAUAAUGAAAGUUGAAGUAAUGUUCCAUUCAUUUCCAGCAGCCAUUGUUAGCAUAGUUAGCAUGGUUGUGUCCAGCUUUUACUGAAUGUCUUUUGCAAAUAAAUGUGUUGUUUAUAAAACAUUAGGUAGGGAAAGAGCAGAUAGCAAAACACAGAGAGGAGAAUCAGUGCGAGGGUGAGUACAUUUGAUAUGAAACUGUAGUUACUGUAAAGACGUAUCUGAGCAAAGGACUUUUUAGGGAGCAAGUUUUUCAAAAGCAGACUUUAAAGUUGGUGACAACUUUGUGCCAUAGCUGGUGGAUUAUAGACUGCAAGCUAAAUUAUGUUGUUUAAAAACUUACUGACCAGAAAACAGUCACAUCUGUCUCACCAUCACCUGCAUGUUCAUCUUCACCCCUGAACAUGCGAAAAGUAGCGAUAAACCACGUGAAUUAAUUCUAGAAAUACAACAGCUCUGUUUAUUAGCAACAAGCUCUCUGUGUGUUUGUAAUUUCAAGAGUGACGCAGCCCGAGUUCAUUGUUCGGUCCAGAUGAGCAGUAAUUCAGGGAGUGAUGAAAGAGCAGCGUUUCUCGUUGGUUGUACCUGCACGAUGUUUGCACCCGACGGAGCCGACGCCACGGUGCCGUGGAGCUUCAUGCUCUCAGCCAUAGACUGAUGAAUGUAGCGGCGUCUGGAUCAGCGUCCGCUUGUCGAGUCCAAGUAAAUCUGACAAACCUUUGAGAGGCAACUUGAGUUCAGAUGAUUUGACCUGUACCUGCCACAUCUGAGUCUUAACUGCCGAUGAGUCUUUCCCCUCCAUGUCGACGGUUCGAGGGCCGUCACACUCCUGCAACCAAGCUCAAGAGUUUGCCAGAUUUCUUGGCUCAUGCAGUGGUGAAGUCAUCUGGCGCCAUGUUUGUCGGUUCCCGACCACGGAUCGGGUCCAUAAUGUGUAACCUGGGACAUUUCAGGACGUUAAAAGGGUUUUGAAAUGCAGUGAGAAGCGCAACUGGGAGAAAAGAGUAGGUGCAUGUUUACCACUUUUGCUGAUGCUAAUAAAGAUAUGGUCAACA